GUGUGUAAAAAACCAUGACCAAUCAGAAAGUUCGGUCCGAAGAAAGUGAUUGGAUGAACCGGCUUUCUCCUGCCUUUGCGCAGUCUGCUCGUUCACCACACACCGGGGCUCAUGACCAGUCUCCUGCACGGCGUUGGCAAACUACCGGAGCAGAAGCUGCAGCGCUACAGCGACGGGGUUAAAGCUACGGAACUCCGCAGCUAAAGCUACGGAGCUAGAGCUACAGUUAGCAAAAGAGUUGCUGCACUGAACUAAAGAAGAAAAGAGUUGCAGAACGGCGGAGAAAGUGCCUACAACAGCUCCGGUCGUAACAGACAGAGCAGUAGAGACGGCUACGGACUAAAAGAGGCCGGAUACUACCAGGAGGAGUGAACAGAGUAAACAUCGGUGUUGCUCUUCAACGCUGGCGUCAACUUCGGGAGGAGAAGAGGGUGAAAGGUCACCUUGAUGUCAUGCCUGUCUAUGUGCUGUCGGAGGGGGCGGGGCCCGGUGCCCAGGUACCGACAGACCUGACCAGGAUUCCCAUCCCACUCAUCGACAUCAGCGCAGACCACUCCAACAAAUUAGUGAAGGGAAAAGUGAUUUGUAAAGGCCCGCUGAUGUCGUUAGCAGCUGACGACUUCGUCUUGAAGACUGUCAUCCAAGAAGAGGACUCCCAGCCAGACGCCUCGUCUCAGAACCAGUCCAUCAAUGUUGUUCUGUUUGGAGCAAUGGCCAAGCACUUCAAUCAAGCUGGCAGUCAGGGGGAUGUGGUGGUGGCCUCUGGCUUCACGGUGGCCAAAUCUUCCACCGUUGACGAGGACAAGCUGCACCCCUGUAACCUGCUGCUGUCGGGAGAUGACGCCUGUCUUUAUGUGUCCCGCCUGACGCCUCUUCCCGACCCCAUUUCCCCAUUGGCCAACAAGAGGAACGCCACGCUCUCCACUGAGGUUUCCCGGAGGACCAAGGUGCCUAAAUACACAUAUGUGCCACUUGGUGACCUGAAGGCUGGAUCGGUCGUCAACGUGUACGGAGUGGUGGUCUUUUUCAAACAGCCGUUCAAGAGCCGCGGAACAGACUUCUGCUCCAGCCUGAAGAUCACCGAUCAGUCCAACCAGAAGAUCGGUUGCACCAUCUUCUGUGAGAAACUGGAGGACCAUCCCAAAAUCUAUCAGAUUGGAGACAUUGUCCGUAUGCACAGAGUCAAGACUCAGUUCUUCAACAACUCCAUCACGCUGGUCAACACCUUCGGCUUCGCUGUGGUGGCGUUUGACGGGGCAGUGGGCGGAGCUGUGGAGCCACGGACCUCCAGCCGCUCCUUCCACUUUGACCAAGAGGACCGUCGCACCGUGGAGGAGCUGCGGUCUUGGGCAGCCAGCCAGACUCUCCUUCCCCCGGUCUGCACAAUCCCACUGUCUGCUGUUCAGCCCAAGGCUUACUUCGACUUGACCUGCCAGCUGCUGGCCAAAGCCCCCGUCGACACAACCUGCACACUGCUUAGGGUAUGGGAUGGGACCAGGUGUCCUCGCACUCUGCUGAACGUGAUGGUUGAGCGAGAUGUCACAGAGGGACCGUCCUCCUUCUCCAAGGCGAAAGAGAAGCUCAUCGCCAACGUCCUCGUCUACGACAACCACAUGGAGUUUGCUGGGCAGCUGAAGCCUGGAGAUUUCCUGAGGAUAUACAACCUGCGAGCCAUCCCGGGAUCCAGUAAGGUACCUGGCCUCACCAGCAGCCAAUCAGAGGAGGUGGAUCACCUGGCUUUUCACCUGCACGGUGGGACGGCGUACGGCAGGGGGAUCCGGGUUCUUCCAGAAAACAGCUCCGAGGUGCAGGAGCUGAAGAGAGCUCUUGAGGCCUUUCCAGACAAUGACGAGGAUGCGCUGAGCGACUCAGAGUUGUUGGAAAUCUGGAGCACGCCGCCAGAGUCUCUGGAUGGCGACACAGUGGAGUGCAGCUCAGAGAGAAGCUGCAGUCACGACAUGCGACCUGUGUCGCUGUCCGAGGUGAAGCGAUCUGAUCCAGGUGGAAUUCACCACAUCAGAGUCCAGCUGAGAUCCUACAAGCCCCACAGACUCCACCAGGCUCUGAAACUCUACUGCAGCAAGUGCACAUCUAUGCUGGACAUCCCAGACGAUGAACAGGUAGCAGCUCUGUUUUCUGAGGCGUCCAGGGACUCUGGACCCUGCAGUCCCCCACCGUGGUUGCUCUCCGGGUGGGUUGACAUCCCUGGAGACUCUCCAGGAUCCCAGAACCGAGCUCUGAGUGUUCACCUGUCCGCCCAGCUCCUGUCUGAGGGCAAAACCAAAGAGCUCAUCUUCCUCAUGGGUUCGACUCUGGAGGAAACGAGUCGACUGGCUGCUGGCUACCAUAACAUCGUCCCUGUGAAGUCGUCGGACGGUCACCUGGCUCUGCUCGACCUGUCAGCACCUUUCCUGUUCAGGGGCAGGAAGAGAUUCUACGGGUGUAAGCGGUGCUCAGAGGCCGCAGUGAGGGAGCCGUCUGCUGAAGGAGUCCAGGUGAUCGAUGAGAAGAUCGUUGCAGAAGCUCUUGGCGUCCAGCUGCUGCAGUUCGUCCUGCUGAUGAAGCUCGAGCUGCAGGACGCCACCGACACGCUCAACGUCUUCCUGUGGAGAGACGCCGAGCUGUUCCUCAACGUGUCGGCGGAGGAUGCAGCAGCCAAUCAGGAGGCGCAGAAAAGCAUCCAUCAAACUAUGGAUGCUCUCUGUCCACCAGGGGACAGCAAGGGUGGGCGUCCGUGGCUAAAUUUGUGUCUGUCAGCGUACCAAGCAGAGGACGACGAGGGGCGGAGCCAAACCUGCUACCAGAUUUGCCAAACCACCGUCACCAGACCCAGACCCUCCUCCACGCGGUCCGAAGCUGACCCUGCCUGAAACACCUGCAGGUCACCGCUGAAACAGUGUCCUGCAAGAGGAACUGCUUCUUCCUCUUUUGUGCAGUUUUUUUAUAUUUAUUAUGUAAGACUAAAUAAAUGUACAUAAAAUGUUGCUGCAAAAGUUUAUAAUUCUGCUUACUGACAUGUGGCUGUCAGUAGAUUUUUAAUGAGUUUUUCAAAAUAAAAGACUAAAUAAGG